AACUGUCCUUCCUGUUCCACUUCACAGUGCUUCUCAUCCAAAAGCAGAAAUUUGAAGAACAAAUGAAAGAAAUGGCAACAGUCUCUGCACUUUCAACUCCUUUACGUUUAAUCUCCAAAACCCAUUUUAAAUCUCCCGAAUAUCUCUCCUUUUAUCCUAAUUCCAUUCUUUUUCAGACGAAAGUUUGCUCCUUUUCUUCCAACAGCUUAUCGUUAUCAUCCAUAAAGACCAAAACUCUUUAUGGGGCUUGGAAACUCAAGUCUGCUGAAGAAGGAGAAACGGUUGUUUCCGAACAAGAGGAACCUGCUGUUGCUGAGCAACAAGACUCGGUUUCUGUUCCUCUCUCUCAUUCAGACACUCACAUAACGUACUUCCAGGCAGAUGGAAUGUGGGAAGACCCAGAUGAUGGAAGUGCAAGUGAAUAUGAAGAUGAUGACGAUAAUUAUGUAGAAGAAGAAAUGGAGAAAGAGGAUUAUGGGUCUGGUUUUCAACAAGGAAAUCCUGUUGGGGUUAUUGAUAACUAUACAACGAAUCAGUAUGAGGAAGAUCUGAUCAAAGAGGUUGAGCAGCUUUUGGGACCUGAAGAAAAAGCAAUUCUUCAGCAGAAUGCCUCUCCUAACCUGAGGAAAAUAUUGACCGCCAAAUGGAAGCCACUUCAAACUCUUGCACUAUCAUUGCAGAUACAUUCUAUGGAUAAGCUACUUGAAGAUGGGCUAAACAUAGAUGAGGUGGAUAAGGAUGGUCACACUGCUCUUCAUAAGGCAAUUAUUGGUAAAAAGGAGGCUGUGAUCAGUCAUCUUUUACGAAAAGGUGCAAAUCCGCAUGUCAAAGAUAAGGAUGGUGCUACCCCACUUCAUUAUGCAGUUCAUGUUGGUGCUUUGCAAACUGUGAAAUUAUUGCUGAAAUACGAUGUUGAUGUCAAUGUUGCCGAUAGAGAUGGAUGGACACCAUUGCACAUUGCUGUGCAAAGUAGAAAUAGAGAUAUAGCAAAAGUUUUGUUGAUCAAUGGUGCAGAUAAGACCAGAAAAAACAAGGAUGGGAAAACUGCCUUGGAUAUAAGCUUGUGCUAUGGGAAGGACUUCAAGUCUUAUGACCUUGCCAAGUUACUGAAGAUAUUGCCAGCGGAGAGUUAUCUAUGACGACUAAAAAGCAUGCCUAAACUUUGAGACGAAACUUACAAUCAGAAACGAUUAUUUUACAACAUCUAGAGGACUUAUUGGUGGGCUAAUUCAUCUUAAAAUUUU